CCUCCACCCCCUCACCCGCCCCUCCUCUGGGCAGCCUGCUGCCUUUCUUGUCCUUCAAAUAUAAACACCAGAAAAUUACCUAGAUAUUCUUUAAAUCCCUCUUCUCAGAAGAUUCCUUUGGCUCAAAAAGAGAGGAAAACCCCACACUGCUAUCAUGGCAGGGAAACCCAUUCUUCACUACUUUGAUGGACGGGGCAGAAUGGAGCCCAUCCGAUGGCUCUUGGCUGCAACUGGUGAAGAGUUUGAAGAGAAAUUCAUGAAAACUCGAGAAGACUUGGAAAAGUUAAGAAAUGAUGGGAGUUUGAUGUUCCAGCAGGUGCCCAUGGUGGAGAUCGAUGGGAUGAAGCUGGUGCAGACCAAAGCCAUUCUCAACUACAUUGCUGCCAAACACAACCUCUACGGGAAGGACAUAAAGGAGAGAGCCCUAAUUGAUAUGUAUACAGAAGGUAUGGCAGAUUUGAAUGAAAUGAUUAUUUACUACCCAUCCCUUCCACCUGGAGACAAAGAAGGAAGACUUACCCAAAUCAAAGAGAAAGCAAGAAACCGUUAUUUUCCUGCCUUUGAGAAAGUGUUAAAGAGCCAUGGGCAAGACUACCUGGUUGGCAACAGGCUGAGCAAGGCUGACGUUCACCUCACUGAACUUCUCUACCACACAGAAGAGCUGGACUCCACUGUUCUGGCCAACUUCCCUCUACUGAAGGCCCUGAGAACCAGAGUCAGCAACCUGCCCACAAUGAAGAAGUUUCUGCAGCCUGGCAGCCAGAGGAAGCCCUUUGAUGAUGAAAAAUGUGUGGAAGCAGUAAAGAAGAUUUUCAGUUAAAUGAGGCUGACAUAGAGCCAUAGCACAUACAAUACAGGGCUGUAUUCAAAAGAUGAUCUUGAUUACUAACAGGCUAACAAAGUUUCCCCAAAUUUAAAUUAGAAAUGAGCUAUGCAGACUUCUUUGCAAUGCAGUCUAUUUGGUUUUAGUGAGGUUUAUAACCAUGAUUACUUCUUGGCUAUCUCUUUAAUUUGGAUAGAAUGAAAAAGUUUCUUAAGCUCGAUCUAUUAAGAAAAACUGCCUUAUAUCAUCUGUCAUGAACUAUCUCAAAGAAUUAAGUAGAAAUUUUCAUCUGACAUUCUGCUUAGGCAAAAAUAUAUAUUUUUUUGUUUUGUGUUUUGCUUCCUUUCUCACCAAAACACUUUAAAAACCACCUAUAAAGAAUCA